AUGGAUGCGAAUGUAUCGCCUUACCAGCUGCGAACUGCAUUACACGAGGUCAUGCAGACUCGCCAGAAUGAAAUUGAUGAAAUAUUGCCUCAAUAUGCCAAUUCACUUAAAGAGCUAUAUUUGAUGCUUGAACCUAGGCGAAAUGGACCUAACGAAUUUCCACCCGUAGUAGAGGAAGGCUUAUUGGAAGAAGACAGGGUCGAAAGGGGCUACGAAGAAUGGAGAGAGCGAUAUAAACUUGGAGAAGGAUCGAGUAUAUCAACCUUAACAUUACCUCCAUUACCGCCUAUAUCACCACCUGCGACUUCUACAGUUUUUCCUGAUGAACCAGCCGCAGUCGAUCAACCUCAAGCUUCUACAUCUACAUUGUCUCCACCUCAAAGCAAAACACAUCUAAGUAUGGAUUCAGGUGUAAUAGGCCAAAAGCGUUCAGACGAUGAAACACAAGAACGUCCCUUUGUGAGAUUGAUGAAAUCGCCUUCUUUUGGCUUGGAAGAUCCAAGUCUUUCAUUAACAGUCACGAUGGACGAAAUACAACCUCGACCUCGUUUAAUCCCUUCAACGUCUUUCGCUCCUGCACCUAAAUUGGUAGUACCAGAUUGGAUUCCAUUGGACAAUUAUCGACCAUCUGAGAAACCCGCUCAAGUACCAAAAAUCUUGAUGCCAUUAGAAACGGAUUAUACGUCGAAAUUACCAAAACUGCCACCUCUACCACCGCAACCACGCCCGACGCAAACAACGGGUUCAUCGAAGAAAAGGCUGAAAUUAAAUGAUCAAGUCGAUUUAUAUAAACUUCAAGCUUCAUACUCUCUGAAUCCAUUAAGUGGAUCUUUGACGAAAUCUAGUAAAUGCGUCUUGACAAACGAUUGGAAAGUUGCUUUGGCAGAAAUGCGACAUGUCAGAGCUAUGGAACGGAUAGAAAUGAAGAAGAAUGAGGGGAGGUGGAGCUUAAGACAACCCAAGAAACUGAGGGGUCCUCCAGUACCAAAAUCACAUUGGGACUAUCUCCUGGAAGAAAUGGAAUGGAUGAGAGUCGAUUUUACGGAAGAAAGAAAAUGGAGGAUUGUUGAAUCGAGAGAAUUCGCUUAUCAAGUCGUUGAAUGGCACCUCUCAAAUCCAGAAGAAAAAGCAAAACUGAUGGUGGGAGGACGAGGUUGGGGUCAAAGUAGAGAUCAACCUAUACCUGGUCAUUCUGGCCGUCGCAAUCAAGUUGAGGGGGAUGAUAUGGACAGUGGGGAUAAGGAGAUACCGGCAACAUCGGCAGAAGAUGACGAUGUGGAAAUGCUGGUGGGACAAGCAGAACCUUCGCCAAUAGAAGAAGGUGUUGCAGGAGCCGAAGUGCUGGAUAGUAUACAAGAAAUGAAGGAAGUGAAGGACAAAGAUCAAGAGCAGGAGGUGAAGAAAGAAGCUGAAGACGUGGUCAUGGGCGAAGACGUCGAUGCUGAAAGAGAAGAAGAUGCAGAUGGAGAACCAGAUGACGGUGGUACCGCCGAUGCGGAUGGAGAGGAGGAAGAUGCUGAAGGAGAAGAAGACGCUGAGGGUGAAGCUGAAGAUGUCGGUGAAGAGGUAGUUGGCCUUGAUGAUAUUGACAACGCGGAUGACAAUGAUCGUGAUGCUUCCGAAGUCCGUCGUGAUACAGUAUUACCGAAUGGACUUGUGAUCAACAAACGUUUUGCCAAUGUUGAAGAACUCGUCGCCGCUCGGCAACCCUUAUUAGAACUACCUUUCAAUCUUGCAAUAAUCGACCUGGAGUCACUUCCAAAUUUCACUCAAAAACCAUCCACAACCGCAGAUGCUGCUGAAGCUCAAACACCGCCUUCUCUCGUUGACCUUUUCCCUGAAUUAGCAGUGUAUACCGGUCCUGCACCUCCCGAAGACGGCAAACCGCCUCGGCGUCUAGACGAAGGUCAAACAGCGGGGAAUCGAAUAGCUCACACAUCACGUAUUAUGGAUAUCCGACCAAUCUUAGUUUCUACUCUACAGCCGGCGAAAAACGCUCAGGAUGGGAUAUGGGAUCUUCACGAAGGACCGUAUUUCGAAGAUCCAAAAGGAACAACAGAUGUCAGCUCUACGGUAGUAGCUGCUACUUCAAGCGUAUUUUAUGGAAGGGGUAUGAGACCAUUGGACUCACUUCGCCCUCCUGAACAAAUAAAGCCUACAUCUCAACAUCUUCGUCCUCAAUUAGCCUGGAGUACGGAAGAUGAUGAUCAUUUGUUGAAACUUGUCGCCACAUAUCCUUUUCAUUGGCAACUCAUUGCUGACUGUUUCAAUUCCGAAAAAGCCACAAUACCAACUGAAAAACGAACCGGUUACGAAUGUUGGGAAAGAUGGUAUUUCAGCUAUGGAGAAGGUAAAGAUAAAUUGAAAAAGGCUGAAACACAAGUCUCAGCUUCUGUGGCUGCCACACCUACCAUCCAGCCGCCAGCUAUUGCUACUCCUGCUACAAUAUCAGCAGCUCCAACUCCCGCUCCCGCUUCUGCUUCUGCCCCUGCCCCUGCCCCUGCUCCUGCUCCUGUUCCUCAAUCCGCUGUACCACCUUCGACUGCUGCAUCCAGUAAAACAGGAGUUCAAACACCUCAAUCUGCUACACCGCAACAAACUCCCGUUACCGGUGUUUCAGUCCCUGCCCUUCCUACAGCGACUCCUCAAGCUCCAGGAACAGCUGGAACAGAUACUCAACAGCCCGAUGGCGCUCCUCCACCUCCAGGAAUGUCGAAGAGAGAUAGACAAGCUGCGAAACCGAAAUACGAAGGAUCGAAGAAAUCUAUCAGACAUCAAGCCAUAUAUGAUGCCGCAAAGAGGAUGAACAGGAGAAGAGAGGCGAACAAGGUCAAGAUGCCUGUGAAAGACCAACCAAAGAAAGUGAUCAAUGUCCACGAAUCUCAUGUUAGCUAUUUAAUGUCAUCGAUAUCUACGCCGUGGGAACUCGUUGAAACAAAAUAUCAAAGGGAUGUUCAAGCUAUCCAACAACGUCAACAACGUGCCAUGCAAGAACAACAACGGCAAAUGGCUAUGAGACAACAAAUGAUACAGCAACAGCAAGCUGCUCAUCAGGCUCAACAACAGCAAGCAGCACAAGGAUCACAACAACCACAGCAACCCCAACAGCCUGGUCAACCUGGUCAACAACCUCAAGGUCAAUCGUCUCAACCUACACCACAGCCGCAACCUCAACAACCACAAAUGCGACCUCCACCUAAUGCGCCUGUACGGAUGGGACCCAAUGGGCAACCUAUGCCUAACAUGGCACCUAGUCAACAACAAUUGCUCAAUGCUGUGGCAGCUGCUAAUGCAGUCAACAGACAGAAUGUCAACGGUGUACCUGGACAAGGGAAUGUUAGACCUAUGCAGGGACCACAACAGAGUCAAUCACCACAAGUUCAACAACAAAUGCAACUUUUACAAGCACAACAGAUAGCGGCUCAACAAGCUCAAAUACGUGCUGCACAGCAAGCUCAAGGUCAAGGUCAAGGUCAAGGUCAAAAUGUUAGAAUGAGUGGCACACCACAUUCACAAUCAUCGCAACUAUCUAAUUCACCUUAUAAUCAAGUUGGUACACCCAAUGGAGAUCCCUCCCAUUCUUCACCUGCUUUGCAACAGACUUCCCCACAGAAUAACGCUCCCAGGGUACCAUCUGGACCUGUACCCCAACAUCUAAGAGUGCCGAGUGCAGGCAGUCAAGGUUCACCUCAGAUGUCUAGUCCAAUGCCAAUGCCUCAGCAGAAUCAGCCUCAAGUCCAGAUGCAAAACCCAACGGUAAACAAUGCGGCGAUGCAGCAAAUCAUCGCUCAAUUAGCUGCUAAUGGACAACAAGCUACUCCGGAACAAAUUAGAGCUCUAAUGAUGAGGAAUGCUCAAAUGCAAGCUGCUGCCCAAGCACAGGCACAGGCGCAAGCGCAAGGGAACCUUGGAACUCCUCAGAUGGGUAAUCAGGCGGUACAAGGCGUCCAACAUUUUGCUAGAUCGCCUAGUAUCCAGAACGCCCAAGUUCAGGCCAGAGGAAGUCCAAAGCCUAAUCAGGGAUAG